AUGCUCCAAUAAUCAACAAUAUAACACUUAUACCUAAUCCUCCUGUAUCUAAUUCCACGCUUGAGGCUAAAGGUUCAGCUACGACCAACGCUGAUAUGGUUGAUGGUGCUUUAUUAGUUUUCCAAAUCGCGAAUAAUAAUGGAUCUGUAUUUUACACCCAAGAAUAUGAUAUUUGCGGCAAACUUACAACUAAGUUCCAACUAAAGA